AUGUGGUGCCCUCACCUACCACUGAUAGCUUCUACGCUGUUUGCAUCUUCGACCCUCGCCUCCUUCUAUGAUAAUCCGGAGUGGGAUCUUCCCCAGGCUGGCGGCACCCCGUUAGAGGAAUUGAAGGCAAAAUGGGAUUUUGAUUGGGGCUUCACUGGGAUAUCGACCUUUGCACAUCUAAAGCAUGUCAAGUGUCUCACCACCCCAUACGAGCCAUUUGAUAUUGGGAUCCUCGGGGCACCCUUCGAUACUGCGGUCAGCUAUCGGCCUGGCGCACGCUUCGGACCCCGUGCCAUCCGCGCGGCCAGCGCCCGCCAAACGACGUUCCGAGGCUUCAACCACCGCGCGGGCCUGAACCCCUACAAAUCAUGGCCCUCUAUCCUCGACUGCGGCGACAUCCCCGUGACGCCGUUCGACAACGCGCUGGCCCUCCACCAAAUGACAGAGGCUUACCUCGAACUGGUCUCCCGACGGCCCCUCUCCUUCUCCAACCCGCCCUCGCACACGCACCCGAAAAUCAUCUCCCUAGGCGGCGACCACAGCAUCGCGCUGCCGGCGCUCCGGGCCCUCCAGAAAAUCCACAACCAACCCAUCGCCCUCCUCCACUUCGACGCACACCUCGACACAUGGCACCCGGGCGCGUACCCGUCGGCAUGGGCCUCUACACCAACCCAAGCGGACUUCACGCACGGCACGAUGUUCUGGAUCGCGAGCGAAGAGGGACUCAUCCGCAACGGCUCCUCCGUGCACGCGGGGCUCCGCACGCGCCUCGGGGGGACGGAUUUCGCGGACUACGACAACGACGACCGCCAGGGCUUCCUGCGCAUCGAGGCGGACGACAUCGACGGCCUCGGCGUGCAGGGCAUCAUCGAGCUUAUCAUGCAGCAGAUGGGCACGGAUACCCCCGUCUAUCUCUCCGUGGACAUCGACGUGCUGGACCCGGGCCUCGCGCCGGGCACCGGCACACCUGAGCCCGGCGGCUGGACGACCCGCGAGCUGAUCCAGAUCCUGCGGGGUAUUGAGGACUUGAAUCUCGUGGGCGCCGAUGUUGUGGAAGUCAGUCCUGCGUAUGAUGGGAACGACGAGGGGACGGCGCUUGCCGGUGCACAGGUCGUCUAUGAGCUGCUCACCAGCAUGGUUGUCAGAGGGCUCAAGGACCGUGGCGAGUAUGUUGCGCCAAGGAAGCCUGGUGCUGAGAAGUUGGUGAGGAAGCCCGAGGCGAAGUAUGUGCCGCUUGGGAACAAGGGCGAGAACAAGGUUGUCGCGGGAGAGGGCGUCAAGGAUGAGCUGUGA